AAGGAUUUCAUUUUUCUUUCUUUCAUAUCACUUCAGAGUUCAGAGACAAAAACGAAAAGGUUGGAUUUUUAUUUUCUGUUUUGAAAGAUGAUGAUCAAGGAUGAAGAAGAAGCCAUGGAUUGAAAAUCAACAAAGAUAUGACGAGAGAUAAUAAGGCAAGGUAUCAUUCUGAGAGCAAAAAGGCUUAUAGAAAAAAACUUAAAAAGAACAAAAGGGAAAAGGCUAAAUUAGAGAAACUUCGAAUUGUAAGGUCUGAUGACGAAAAGGAGGAGGAGGCUAAUGAAAUCACUACAUCAGGUCCUAUCGUAGAAGAACCUGAGAUUAGUAAACUCGAGCACGACCCUUCCUCAAACAGUACUUGUGCAUCUAUUUCCGAAGAAGAUCUCGAAGAACUGAUGACUUCCAUCAAGAAAGAUCCAUAUUUGAAACCUAUUCUGGAAGAUAUUGAGAUUGGUGGUCCAACUGUAAUGAUGAGGUACUUAAAUGAUCCAGAGGUUUUGCAGAGGUUGGCGCAGGCUAUGGGUUUGGGAGUUUUAGGAGACAGUGUUAGUUCAGUUGAAGAUAAUGCAUCAAUCAAAUGCUGAUGCAGAAGAUUAUACUGCGAAAUAGGUUGAGGCAAUUCUUACCAGUAAUCAGUUUUCGAGGUAUUUCAUCAUUCCUUGUAUAUUGUAGCUUGUUUAAAAUGCAUAUAUGUUUAUGAGAAUAAUACUCACAGCACCAUGUCUGCCUGGUGCAAGAGCAGAUUCGAAUAUUAUUUCAAUUUCGAAAUCGAAUUGGAUUUUCUUAAAAUCCUAUUCUGGUGC